AUGGCGCAGACGGAGCUGCACUUGGACGGUCUGGGAAUCCGCAAGAUCGUCGAGACCCCGCCUGGAGUGAAGGUGCUGUCAAUCAGCGGAAACCGGCUCAGAAGCUUGGGUUCUAUUGCGGCAUGCGUGACGCUCGAAGAGAUAAACCUUGCAGCCAAUAAGCUCAACGAGGAUGCCCUGGCACCGCUGGCGGCGCUGCCAGCUCUCAGGGUUCUCAACAUUUCGAGGAAUCAUGUCCGGGAUCUUGGGCCACUCUUCUUGGCACCGCCCGCCUUGGCUGCGCAAAGUCGGGCCUUCCCUGCCCUGGAGGUGCUGAACAUUUCUGCAAAUGCCGCGCUCAAUGACAUCACAGCCGCAAUGUCCCUUCAGGUGCUUCGAAGCCUUACAGCUACUGGCCUCAACGUCACCUCCCUGCACUGCGUCCACUGCAGCCUAGAGGUUGUAGACCUGAGGGGAUGCUGCCUGCAGACCAUCUCCCUACUGAAGGCGGUACCGUAUCUGUCUGAGCUGAUGUUGGACGGCAACGCGCUGUUGUCCUGCAAGGAUUUGCUGGAGCACCCUAUGAUGCAGACCCUUCGUCUGGCUCACAAUGCCAUCGAAGAAAUCAGCGCAGUGCAGCUGCCUUCUCUGACGGAGUUGGACCUGGCAUCCAACAACAUCUCUCAGGCGCUACAUUUGGCGGGAGCUCCGCGACUUGUGUCUCUUGUCGUCCGUGGCAACCAGCUGACCUCCUUAGUUCCAUUGUCGCCGCUGCGCAGCCUCACUUUCCUCGAUGCCUCGCAGAAUCAAAUACGGGCGCUGGAGCCGUCUUUGCGCUGGAGUGUCCGACCAUUGCGGGUGCUGUUGCUCAAUGGCAAUGAAAUUACAGAUGUAGAGGACGUUGCGCAGACGCUGGAAAUGGCAGGCGGCUUGAGCUUGGAGCAUUUGGAUCUCCGAAACAAUCCUCUCAGCAUCGACCUCUACCCAUUUGCAGACAAGCUGCCCACAUGGACCUGGGAAGCAAGUGCAAGCCUGGAAGACUUGAUUUCCGAUGGUUUCAGUUCAGUGCCUCGCAGUAUGCGAGACCGUUACUGGCAGCGGCUGUGUCUAGUGAUCCCUUCGCUGCAGAGCCUCGAUGGGAUCCUGAGGGAUCCACGGCGCCUGCCUACUGUGACCCUCAAGCAAGAAGAUCCUUCCGCUACCGUGACACUUCAAGGAGCAGAUGGCGAUGAGGUCAUGUACUGCACGCCAAGGCGCAGCACUGAAGCCGCGGCGCAGGACUUCGUGGCCGGCAUCUCGAGGCGCAGCGAGAGAAGCCUCAGCAUCGAUCCACAGCUUCCGACGCAGCCCCUGACAGUGGACACUGCUGAUGCAGCCACUUCUCCAGUCUUUCGAGAGCACGGAGGCUCCAAGGAGCAAGCUUCCAGUGCGAUGUCGACCGAAGCCCUCCUGAAUUUGGGUCUGGCGCCUGAGCUGCUUGGCGAAGCGCAGCGGAAAGCAAGGAGAGAAGCCCAGCCGGUUGUGCUCGCCAUGGAGGUGGCAGCCGCGGCAGCAGCGGCGGCUGUAUCCGCUGCAUCAACAAAUCAGGCUUUACUCUCGCAGAGCAGGCGAUGUGGCGCAGACCAGGCCACAGAACCUGAAACGGAGGCCGAAAAACAUGGCCCACAACAUGUGUCAGAAGGCGGCCAGGGCUCGGGCACCUGGAGUGUGCAUCAGCAACGGACCACAAUUCAAGAGAUGACUGAGAGGUCGGGAGCGGAUGGUCAGGUUGAUGAGGCCAUAACGUCGAGUCAAGGCUCCUUCUUGCCAGUUGUUGACCUGAGUGCUUGUGCUGGGCGUGGGCCACUCCCAGGAUCAGACGGCCUGUCUGCCUGGGCUGCAGCCGCGCAGGUCCCAGGCGUAAGCAGCGGCGAGCCUGACGAGGAGAGCUCGAGCUGUCAACGGCAGAUCUUGCCCAGCCCGGCUCAACCAAGAUCAGCCACAGCUACGACUUUGCUAGUGUCGCAAAGGCAGGGGUCACAAGGAGGCCCGCUUCCUUCGGCGCAAAUGGUGGUGCCAGAAGAGGCUUCACACGACGUAGAAGAGCAGAAUGCCGUAGACCAGGAAGGGUUGGUUUCCGUCCUGCAGUUGGAAGAUGCUUUCCUGCAGAAGGGGACAGAGUUCGAAAAGCAACAGUUAAUGAUAGUGGAGAAGCUUGAGAGGGCACACGAGGACUUGGCCAGACAGUGGCAGGAGCUGGACAACGAGCGCAGAAAGUCAACAGAGCAGCAGCAACAGCAACGACAGCUCCUUGCAAGAGAGCAGGCUGAGUUGGCCCAGUAUUUCAAGGACUUCGAAGCCGAGAUGGAGAGGAGGUAUUCCUGGCAACAGCAGCAAAAGCAGGAGUUUGAAGAGCAGUGGCACCAGGAGCUGGCCCAAAGAAGGCAAACCUGGGAACACGAGCAAGAAAAAGAAAGAAGCAAGUUGCAGCAGUGCUUUCAUGAGCUUGAAGAGCAGCUUCAGAGCAAGAUUGAGGUGGCGCAGGUCCAAGCAGAGGACCGCGCCAAGAGUGAUGCAGCCGAAAGGACGGCGGAUGCACCUGCAGAUGCUUCGGAGAAGGCUGUUCCAGCACCAGCAGCACCAGAGGACUGUCGCAGUCAAGUUACCAGUGACCUCCUUCAGCCCAAGCUGGAUCCGCAUGUUCGGGCAAGACUUUUGGGUCUCACGCCCAGACAGGCGUAUGAUGCUGAUGUUAGCACGGAUGCUCUUGUGACAGAGCAGCUAAGCAGCGUGCACACAGAGAUGGUCCAUGAACGCUCCAGUGCCUCUGCCGGCUCAUCAAGCCCUGUGAAGGCUGUGAAAGCAAGUGGCAUGCCAGUCCCGGCAAUGGCUGCGGCCGCCCCGACCACGGUGGCUGCGGCGGCGCCCAUGGUUCCCAGCGCUCUGCGGGUUCGUCUGAGUGGGAUGGCCAGCUGCACUAGCUGCGCAAGCACGCCGUGCACCAGCGCGCCGUGCACAAGCGCGCCGCGCACAAGCGCGCCGUGCCCCAGCACGCCGUGCACAAGCAUUCCGUGCCCGUGCAGAGCAGAGGAGCGCCGAGAAGCGGAGCGCCGAGAAGAGGAGCGCGGUGGGCACCGGCUCGGAGGGCUCGGUGGGCGGCUUCAGGCGGAGCCUUUGGUCACAUCGGCGCCGGAGCCGUCGCGCAAGGUAAGCUUUCUGGAUCCGCCUGGAAGCAACGGGGCCUUCCUGCGAGCCUUGCAAGGUCAGGGAAUAUGGGAAGUGGAGGGCUCUGAGGCCCCUGAGGUGCCAGCGCAACCCCCACCCUUGGAGUCGCUGAGUGGCCAAGCCACUCAAAGCGUCGAAAAGGAGGAUCUUGCGCACAUGGACGGUCACGAGCGAGACCUGAAGAUCACAGCUUCGUUGGAUGAGUCCGGAGGCCCACGUGUGGUCUCCAGCGCUGAGGCCGCUCCUCGACAAAAUGGUGACUCGAGGCAGGCCUAUUUGAGGUUCCUCCGCAGCGAAAUGCUCGCGCAGCAAGCCUACCUCCGGGAGAUCAAGAGCGCCAGGCAGGCGAACAAGCACGUGCCCGGUAUGCGCCCCGCUGGACCGAAGGUACAGCUGCCAGUCCAAGGCCUGCAAGGCGACGACCGGCGGGGGCGUCUGGCAGCGCCUCAGGCGCAAGUCUUGCGCCAGGGACUAGCAGAAGUGGCCGACUUCAGCAAGCGCGUGCCGGCGCAGUCAUCGUCACAGCUACGUCACGUGAAGGUGGUUGAGCCUGGACAUGUCGCAAAGCCUGAAGAAAGCAGCACGCAGACAGCCGGUGCAGAUCCUGCUUGGCACUGCAUGGUCACACCUGUCAAUGCUGGUGUGCGCGGAGCUUUGGAGGCCCUGAUUGCUCAACAGGCUUGGUCCGUUCCCGGCAAAGCGUUGGCCUACACCUACUCGCUUGGCCGUGCGAUCCAGAACAUCACGCCUCCAGCAAGGCAACGCUUCGAUGCAACCAUCUCGAGAGACUCUGCUCGCGAAGGGCUGUUGCCGCCGCUCGGCUUCUCGCAGAGGGCUUUCUUCUACGAUGCAAGCAGCAGGUUAUCCGAGGUGAUCUCGUCACCAUUUGGCUUUGGAGCAGUCUACAAGGGCCGCGCACUUCUUUUCGCAUUGGAAUUAAGGCAGGCCGAGCGCUUGUGCCAGCCCCGACUGUACGGAGCGCAUGCAGGCCGAGUGAUCCUGGCAGAGAUUGCACUCGGACGCUGCCACACAGCGCGCUGCUCCCUGCAAGAAGCAGUGACUGGGCAACCCGAGGGCCCAGCAGGUUUGGGAGGUUCAGUCCCCUUGGCGAAUGUCUUGGAGGAGGAGUACCGACGUGGAGCCGACUCGGUGUACUUUCCCAAGCUUGCAGUUGUGGCACUCCUGUGUCCGGCCAGGGCUCUUCCAGUAUUUCUUGCAGAGUACUCCCGCAAGCUCGUCGGACAAUGA